AUGCUUGGUGUAGCGAGAGUGGAUGCAGCAACACAAGAGGGUGGUGCCGUGGCAGAGUUCCUCGAUGCUCCAAUGGACGCUGCACCACGCCUUCUCACAGCACCUGCACUGCUGCUCGCUGCAGCACUGGUGUUCACAGCAGCAGAAGGGGUGGGGCGGGCAGCAGGAGUGGGAGAGGCAGCGGGAUGGGUGGGGCGGGCAGCAGGAGUGGGAGAGGCAGCGGGAUGGGAAGCCAUAGCAGCAGCAUUAGGGGCGGAAGGCUCAGCAGGGGAGGCAGGGCGGUAG